GAGCCCCAGCAGCAGGACACGCUCUUCUAGAGCUGACCAGGGGCCCUGUGGCCUAGUGACGCUGCCUAGACGCGCGCGCCAUGGAGACCACGGUCCCGAAGCCCGCGGAAACUGCUUUUUCCGCUCCGAACCCUACUUCUUCUGCCAAAGAGAAUCCAGAGGAUAAAUCUGGUUGGGGUCUCCUGGAAGCCAGAUCUGAGGAAUCAGUGACUUUCAAGGAUGUGGCUGUGGACUUCACGCAGGAGGAAUGGGGUCAGCUGGACCCUCCUCAGAGGGCCCUGUACCGGGACGUGAUGCUAGAGAACUACCAGAACCUUCUUGCCCUUGGGCCUCCAGUUCACAAGCCAGAUGUGAUCUCCCACCUGGAACGAGGUGAGGAGCCAUGGCAAGUGCACAGGGAAGUCCCUAGAGCGUCUUGUCCAGAGCGGGAGCCUACUGAGAUGAAGGAAGAGGCCACUCCACAGCAGGCUGCUUGCAAAGCAGAAGUGUCCCAGGAGCUGAUCCUGGCACGGCUGCAGAGGCCGGGUCUUCUUGGCGCCAGCCUGGGCUAUACGCAGGCAUGGGAAGCCCAGAUGGUCACUGUGUGGAACAGCGAGGCCACGCUGCGUAAGCCAGCACCUGCCACGCGCUGGGACCUCACAGAAGAGAGCUGUUGGGGACAUCGUGGGUCUGUAGAGGGAUUCCCCCUCGGCUGCCCCCCGUCCACCCAGCAAGGUGUCCCUCCAGGAGAACGCUCUCCUGCCAGAUGCCCCAAGGACAGCCAGACCAUGUUGGGGAUAACCCCAGACCACCAGAGAACGUGGCCAGGGGAGAGGGUUUUCAGGCCCGGGAAAUCGCCAGCUGUGCCCCAGCAGCGAGGAGGGCUGGGGAUUGGGCCCCACGGGCCGGGCGUCUUCACGUGCGGCCAGUGCGGGAAGAGGUUCCCGCAGAGCGCGGCCCUGGCUCUGCACCAGCGCUGGCACGUCCGUGAGAAGGCCUACCAGUGCGGCGAGUGCGGCAAGGCCUUCCCCUGGAGCACCAACCUCCUCGAGCACCAGCGCAGCCACACGGGUGAGAAGCCCUUCUUCUGCGGCCAGUGCGGGAAAGCCUUCAGCUGCCACUCGUCGCUCAACGUGCACCAGCGCAUCCACACGGGCGAGAGGCCCUACAAGUGCAGCGCCUGUGACAAGGCCUUCAGCUGCAGCUCCCUGCUCAACAUGCACCUGAGGGUGCACACCGGCGAGAAGCCGUACGAGUGCGGCGCGUGCGGCAAGGCCUUCAACCAGCGCACGCACCUCACGCGCCACCGCCGCAUCCACACCGGCGAGAAGCCCUACGAGUGCGGCGCGUGCGGCAAGGCCUUCACCUGCCACUCGUCCCUCACCGUGCACGAGAAGAUCCACAGCGGCGACAAGCCGUUCAAGUGCGGCGACUGCGCCAAGGCCUUCAGCAGCCGCGCGCGCCUCACGCUGCACCAGCGGACGCACACCGGGGAGAAGCCGUUCAAGUGCGCCGACUGCGGCAAGGGCUUCAGCUGCCGCUCGUACCUCGUGGUGCACCAGCGCAUCCACAGCGGGGAGAAGCCGUUCAAGUGCAACGAGUGCGGGAAGGCCUUCAGCUCGCACUCCUACCUCAUCGUGCACCAGCGCAUCCACACCGGGGAGAAGCCCUUCGACUGCAGCAAGUGCUGGAAGGCCUUCAGCUGCCACUCGUCGCUCAUCGUGCACCAGAGGGUGCACACCGGGGAGAAGCCCUACAAGUGCCACGAGUGCGGCAAAGCGUUCAGCCAGAACCACUGCCUCAUUAAACACCAGAAGGUCCAUUCUGGGGAGAAAGCCUUCAAAUGCGGCAAAUGCGGCGAGGCAUUUGGCUGGAGCUCGCGCCUCCUGGAGCACCAGCGGCUGCACGGGGAAGAGAGGCCCUUGGCCCUUCAGCUGGGCCGCCACUUGCUCAACACCUACUACGUGCCCGGUGGCCUGCUGGGGGCGGGGGACACAGGGGAGCGAGACGUGGACCGGAUAAACGCCCUGGACGUGGCAAAGCUCUUGUGUGUGGUGCAGCCCGCCGCCAGCAGGAACUUCCCUCUGGGGAGCAAGGCUGGCAAUUAGGGUGACCUGCAACUGGUCAAGGUAGCCACUGCCAGAGCUGUCCCACAGGUAGGCACCCUCACCUGGCUUGCUCCUGCAGAGGCAAAGCCUGACCCCUGGCCUCCCAUGGGAUCCACAAGCCAGGACCCCUCUUGCUCCAGCUGGUCACGCCCCGGGAAGACAUUUCAGAAGAGACUUGAGGCCACUUGAGGAUGUCAGUCAUCCUGUUUUCCUUAAUAGGUCUGGAGGUCAUUUAUGAAGGGGGGGUGGGUUCUUGCCUGUAUACAAAAAUGAAGGCAUGUCAAGUGUGGAGUCCUUAGACAGCCUCCUGACGGGUUUCAGUCAGGAAUUCCCUUGUAAACUAUUAUGUUCAGAAUAAUAAUUUAAAAUAAUAAAACAGAAGAGUUGCAAACAGGCCUACCUCCAUUAUAGUCCAUUAUUUUAUUCCCAGAGGGGAGAGAAUGUCGGCGGCAUUUGGAAAACAGUGGACU